CUUGCUGCCGUCGCGCGCCCUCUCCCCGCCCGACCCUCACCUGUCCCGGUCUCUCUGCCAUUUCUCCUUUCGCUUUCACGGCUCGCCAGCCAUCGCCCUACCCCUCCAGCGGGCACAGGCCGCAGCUAGCUACCCUCUUUUUUUUCACCUCCGCCCGCCUCUUCACGGGUCCAGUCGACUUCCCGGUCUCGGCUUUUGCCGAAAGAAAGGCACCCGGAACCCAACGACAGCGGCAGCAGUCGAGUCCGGGACGGGCCGGGGCAAAGCUGGGAUGAGGAUGAAAAGGGGGGCUGAAUAAAAAGGCGGGGGAGGAGGCGAGAAGGCUACAGCGGCGGCAGGCCAGGCCAGCAGAGCGCAGAGGACCGCCGCUCGGAAAGUGCGGAGCCGUUUCCCCUCUAGCUGCUCAUGCUCUCUGCUUGCCUCCGUCCACUCACAGCCCACGUCCACGCCUCGCGCUCUUCUCCAGGCUCCCAGGUGCUCCCCGAUCAAUCGCUUCCGCUGCUAGCGCGCGCGCGAUCCCCGAGGUCGCGCGCUUGAUCGCGCUCAACGCCAUGUCGUCCGCCGCGGGCGGGUAUGGCGGCGGCGGCGGCGCGGGAAGCGGCGCCGAGCCCCACGGCCACGCCGACUUCCUGCUGCACCACCAUGCACAGCACGUCGCCGCGCAGCAGCUCUACCACGUGCCCCAGCACAGCCGCCGCGAGAAGCUGCGGUUCCCCCAAGACGACGCGCCCCCACACGCCUCCGCUUCCGUCCCGCAGCAGCACGGCGGGGCGGUGGCCUGGCCGCCGCCUCCGCCGCCACCGGCGUUCUACUCCUACGCGUCCUCUUCCACGUCGUCCUACUCCCCGCACAGCCCCACGCUGGCGCAGGCACAGCUCGUCGUGGCGCACGGCCUCGCCCCGCCGCUCUCGUCGCAGAUCCCGACGCAGAACUUCGCGCUCUCGCUCUCCUCCUCGUCCUCGAACCCGCCGCCCCCGCCCCCGCAGCCGAGGAGGCCUCACGCCGCGCCCUUCGGGCCCUUCACCGGCUACGCGGCUGUGCUCGGGCGCUCCCGUUUCCUCCUCCCCGCGGAGAAGCUGCUCGAGGAGAUCUGCGACGUCGGGGGCGCGGCCUCGCGCGUGGACCGCAGCGCCUCCGACGAGGGCCUGCUCGACGCUGACCCGAUGGAAUCCAUCGAUCACGAAAUGGACGGCGCCGACCGCGUCGCCAAUGACGCUGGCCCAAUCUCCGGCGCCGAGCAGCAGUGGAAGAAGACUAGGCUCAUCUCUAUGAUGGAAGAGGUUUGCAAGCGGUACCGGCUGUACUACCAGCAGGUUCACACGGUGAUCAACUCGUUCGAGACGGUCGCCGGGUUCAGCAACGCUGCCCCGUUCGCGGCGAUGGCGCUGAGAGCCAUGGCGAAGCACUUCAAGUGCUUGAAGGGCAUGAUACUGAGCCAGCUGCGCAACAUCACCAAGGCCCCUGCCGGCAAGGAGGGGCUCAGCAAGGACAUCGCCAUGUUCGGGCUUGCCGGUGGUAGCGCGGCCGCCCUCCAGAGAGGUAGCAGUGUGGGUGCCUUCGGCCAGCCGCACAACAUCUGGCGGCCACAGAGAGGGCUGCCGGAGCGUGCGGUGUCUGUUCUCCGCGCUUGGCUCUUCGAACACUUCCUGCACCCAUAUCCUACUGAUGGAGACAAGCAAAUGCUUGCUAAACAAACGGGUUUAACACGGAACCAGGUAUCCAACUGGUUUAUAAAUGCAAGGGUUCGUCUUUGGAAACCAAUGGUGGAAGAGAUCCACAACCUUGAGAUGAGGCAGGUGCACAAACACCCUGUUCUCGACAAGGGCCAGCACGUGCUGCAUCACCAAACCCAGCAUUCGUUCGAGAGCAGUGGAAAGCCUUCUGACCCUUCCGACUCUCAGCUUGGCCAAAGCAGCAGCAUCACGAGGAACCACAACAUCCCUGCGUCCCAGGGAUUUGCCGAUGAGCUCUCCGAGAUGUCCCAUUCUAUUCAGCAGGGGCAGGUAACCUUCGCAUACAAUGGGAUGUCGGCGCCACACCACAGCCUCGCUUCGUCACAGCACCACCAGCAGGCCGGGCCGAUGAGCGGCAUUGGUGGCGCGGGGAACGGUGGCGUCUCCCUCACCCUCGGCCUCCACCAGAACAACAGAGUCUGCAUAGCCGAGCCACUCCCGGCGUCCGUCCCUCCCAACCUCGCUCACCGUUUUGGGUUGGAGGAGGUCAGCGACCCCUACAUGAUGGGCUCUUUCGGGAACCAGGACCGGCAUUUCGGCAAGGAGAUUGGCGGCCAUUUGGUGCAUGAUUUUGUUGGCUGACAUGGCAGCUGCUGCUGCAUUGUUGCUUCUGGUCAGCUGAUCUGAUCUCAGCUUGCUGAUGGUGCACAAGCAUGUAUUUGUACCACUACUAGUAUGUUAGAAUGGUAUAUAAGUGUAUCACUUGGUG